AUGGGGCUGCGCCUUUGCCACUUCAGGGUGGAGCCCGGGGCGGCGGCGCCCGCAGCGCAGGGCACCGGCAGGAGCCUGGUGCAGGGCCGUGCAAUGAUUGCCACUCCCUUGGCCAUCCGUGCCGGGGUGGACCCCGGCGCAACAGAAGGAGGCCCAGCAGGCGGCCUCGGCGACCAGCAGCCGCAGCGACAGCGCCACACGAAGGAGAAGCGGCCGCCGCAGCCCCACCCCAACCACUUUCUGGCUCUGCAGGUGUCGCAGCACCCCGACGUUGUGGCGGCCAUCCAGCGGGUGCAUGCCAGCCUGGCAGGCCACUCCCCGCACCUGCAGAAAGCGUGUGUGGAGGCGGUCACCGCGCACCUGACCCUCGGGGUGCUGGCGCUGGGCAGCGAGGAGGAGCGGCGGCGUGCGUGCGAGGCGAUGGCAGGGCUGGCGGCGGCGCUGGCGGAGCAGGCGCUGCUGUCGCCUGUGGAGGUGCAUCUGGAAGGGCUGAGCCACUUCAGAAACCAGGUUCUGUACCUCGACGUGCGGCGGGACGCGGGGCUGGAGCAGCUGACCCGUCUGGCGGCCGCCACCCGGGCGCACUUCCAGCAGGAGGGGCUGCUGCUGCAGGCGGGCCAGGCCUUUUUGGCCCACGUGACAGUAGCCAAGACCAGCAAGCUGCAGGGCUUCAGCCAGAACAGGCGCGGCGGCGGCAGGGGCCGGCCGGGGCACAGGCGCGAAUGGCGGGUCAUUCCUGCCGAGGCCUGGGCGCAGCAUGCGGCCAUAGCGGGAGGCAGGGCGGUGCUGGGAGAGGUCCAGCUGUGCGCCAUGCAGGGCAGGAAGCCCCAGCAGUACUACCAAGUCCUGUGCAGCCUGCCGCUGGCCGGCAGGACACAGGAGGCGGGCGGCGAGGCGGCGGUGCAGGCAGCGAGCGGCGUUUCGCAGCUUGUGCCAGCAUGGGAGUCGGCAUCAGGCAAAGAUGCCGGAGGCCCCAGCCGCUCGGCCAGCUGA